UACACUAUUUGCCAACUGACGAUUCGUCAAUAUCUUGCUGAGCGAAUAAUGAUCCUUGACUUCAUACGAGUGUUAAUUUGAGCGACUAUUGAGAUUUACUUUAAUAUAGCAAAGCAACAAACAUGUCGUACCACCAUAUGUUCGGUAUUCGAAAAGAUACUUUGAUUAUUAAUAAAUAUAGAAUCAUUCGAAGAAUCGGUGGUGGCUCGUUUGGUGAAAUUUUUUUGGGAAUAAACGUUGGAAAUGGCGAGGAAGUCGCCGUAAAGAUAGAAUCAGUAAAGGCACGACACCCCCAGCUUCUAUAUGAGAGCCGUGUAUAUAAAAUGCUCCAAGGGGGCAUUGGCAUACCACACAUAAGAUGGUAUGGCUUCGAUCGCGAACACAACAUCCUCGUGAUGGACCUGCUGGGUCCCUCCCUGGAGGACCUAUUCAACUUUUGCUCACGUCAGUUUACGAUCAAGACGGUUCUAAUGCUUGCAGAUCAAAUGCUCGGUCGUCUGGAGUUUAUCCACUGCAAGUGUUUCAUCCACCGCGACAUUAAGCCGGAUAACUUCCUGAUGGGUAUCGGGCGGCACUGCAACAAGCUGUACAUGAUCGACUUCGGGCUCGCGAAAAAGUUCCGUGACAUACGCACUCGAGCCCACAUCUCUUACCGCGAGGACAAGAACCUCACUGGUACCGCUCGCUAUGCGUCAAUCAAUGCUCAUCUCGGUAUCGAGCAGUCACGACGAGAUGACAUGGAAUCUUUGGGCUACGUACUUAUGUAUUUCAAUAGAGGUUCCCUGCCAUGGCAAGGCUUAAAAGCAAUCACAAAGAAACAAAAAUACGAACGUAUUAGUGAGAAAAAGAUGUCGACUCCCGUGGAAGUUUUGUGCAAGGGAUUCCCGGCGGAAUUUUCGAUGUAUUUAAAUUACUGCCGCGGACUUACUUUUGACGAAGCUCCUGAUUACAUGUAUUGUAGACAGCUGUUCCGCAUCCUGUUCCGCACGAUGAACUACCAGUACGACUACACGUUCGACUGGACCAUCCUGCGGCAGCGCAAGCAGCAGAGCAUGGAAGAGAGCGCCGCGCCGGCCGACCGCCGCUCGCCCUCCGCGCAGCGCCGUGCCCAGCAGCCGCCGCAGCCGCCGCAGCCGCCGCCCAAUAACGAGUGAAAGAAGUUACGACGUUCGGCAGCCACGGGCGGCCCGGCGAGGAAGCGAGCGCGAUAACGUGUGUGUGCGAGUGUGAGUGUGUGCGUGUGCGGGUGUGCGUGUGAGUGCGAGGGCGCGCCGCGGGUGGCUGUGACGUCACGGCGAGGCGGACGGACUUUCCAUUUUGUUACUGAGGCCUUUUAAUUUAACGUCGCGACGCGUCGGCGUAGUGGAUAGUGUUCUUUUGUUUAACGAAAGUGUAUAAAAACUUCGGUGACUAACUUUUUCUGUGUACGCAGAUUAAAUAAUAUAUUAUUAUUUUUUUCACUUGGGAUUGUAUCAUAUUGUCGGCGACGUCCUCCGGGCGCGCGCCGACUGCGGCCCCGGCUCGUGCGUUUGCAUUUUUGUAUCGAUAUUGAAAGUUUCAUUGUAAUGUUUGGAAUAAUGUGACAUUUUUGAUUAAUAAUUUAAAAUUUAGGUCUUAUUUCUCUCAAUAUUUAUUUAGUUCGUCGAUGUUAGUUCUUCCUAAUUAGCUAGCGUUAAUCGGUAUGAUUAGUUCUAUGUCUAUAAUAGUUUUACGCAGUGUGCACAGUCGCUUGAGAAAACUCCAAAGUGUGUACGUUUUCUAAUAUAUUUGUAUAGACUCACAUAUUUUUUUAGACGGUCUAAUGCGGAUAAAUACGUUUAAAAUAUUACUUCGACGCGAAUAUUGGCUAAAAUCUUCUAAAACACUGAUAUCUGGUUCGUAAUAUAGAUCUCUUUAUGAAAAUGGAAAAUGUAAAAAAAAAGAUAAAUAGGUUAAUAAUAAAAUAAAGAAGUGAAUCCGAUCCUACGGGGCGCUCCGCACGCGUCCACAUUCAUGUAAAUUCCAUUGUUUAUAUGAACUCUUUUUGUUAUUCGUCAAAUCAUUCUCUUGAAAUUGUACAUAGGAGCGCGUGGAGCGUCACGGAGGACUUAGGUACAUACAUAAUAUGUAUCGUAUAUUUUAAGUACUACAGAUGAAAAUUGUAAAUACGAAACAGUGUUCAUUUUAACUGUUAUUUUUUUAAGAACACUCGGAUUUGUCGUGGUUGUGUCGACUCGUGACGUCACUCAAUACAACUAACCCCUCAACCGUCAGGUGAUAUUUUUAUAGAAAUAAAUAUCAAGUGUAGACUUCCGUAGUAGUUCCCCGAGAUCGAAGUCACGAGUCGCCGAACUUUAAACAUUAGUUAAUGAAGUGUACAUGGUAGAUCUUGCGAAGAUGUUUAUGUAACUUGGGGACAAAGACAACUGUUUACAUCCACAUGACUGGAAUAUAUAAUAUCAUUUUUUUACCAGGUUAUGAUAUAGAUCUCAUAUUCCUCUUUGAACCUACGGUCGAGGAAUAUAUCAUGCUAUGUACAUGAACCGACGAUGGUUAUUUUGUCUCCAUUUUAAUAUGUUCAUUAUAUUGCACUUAACUCUAUAUUAAUAAAUAAUAUUAAACGUG